AUGAAGCAAUCGUUGAAUUUUGUAUGGAUACUUUUUAUCACUAUUCAUCUGCAUUAUGGUCAAACACAAGUGAUUAAAAAUAAACUAUCAGAUACAUUAGGAAUGGAUGAAGCCUUUUUAACAAUAAGCAAUAAAAAUUAUUCAGAUUCAAUUGUAUUUCUGUAUAAUAUAGUAGUAUGUGAAUUUUGUACUUUUGAUCAAUUAGGCGAUCCUCUUCCAACAAAUUCAAGUCAAACUUUAAAAAUAGGUACAAAAUAUCCAUAUGAUAUUCAAGUAUUUACUGAAAUACAAAAUAAAACUAUACAAUGUAACAUACAAUCCUAUAGUUUUUCUGAAAAUGCAUCAUAUAUAUUGGAGAUUAUACAAAUAAAUCCAAAUCAUAGUUCUUGUUCAAUAAAUCAAACAAAACCAUCAAGUUAUUAUUGGACACCUGUUAUAAUUUUACUAAUAUUACUUUGUCUUUUGGUAUUUUUUAUUCAAUUAUUUAAUGUUUUGUAUAAAAGUCCAAAUAUGCGUCGUAUAUUGAUUAGUUUUGGUUAUCAACGAUUAGAUCAUCAUGAAGCUAAUGUCACGCAACACACUAGUCCAACAACACAACGACAUGCACUUCCGAUUAUUGCGGAAGAUACUGAUCAAACUAAUAUUCAUAAUAUAAUAAAUAGUCCUGGACAAUUACCAUUGGUAGGAUAUGCGCGUCCAGCUGAUAGUACAAUUAAAACUACAAAAGUAGCACCAAAACGUCUUCGAGGAUUGGAUACAUUUCGAGGAUUUUCAUUGAUGGUUAUGAUUUUUGUUAAUUAUGGUGGUGGUGGCUACUGGUUCUUUGAUCAUUCUGUUUGGAAUGGUUUAACUCUUGCUGAUUUAGUAUUUCCAUGGUUUACUUGGAUGAUGGGUGUAUCAGUUGUUCUUUCUCAACGAUCACUUUUAAAAAAGAAAGUAUCAAAAGUCGAUAUUUUCCUUAAAAUAUGUCGACGAACAGUCAUACUAUUUUUCCUAGGUUUAAUUCUACAAAGUGGAUUUGCAAAGCCCAAAUCUAUUCGAAUUUUAGGUGUACUUCAACGUUUAGGAUUAUGUUAUUUUUUUACCGCUAUACUUGUACUCAUAUCUGAUCGUCUGGAAGAUGAAUCACAAUGGCCAGCUGGUAAUGAUGUAGGUCAACCAAUAGGAAUUGAAUUAAAAAAUACAAUAUUUAAGUUUUGGCCACAAUGGAUUUCUAUUCUCGUAAUUAUAUGUACAUGGAUUUUUAUUACUUUUAUUCCAAAAUUAGAUAAUUGUCCAAGAGGUUAUGUAGGUCCUGGUGGCAAACAUUAUUAUGGACAAUAUCAAAAUUGUACUGGAGGUAUGGCUGGAUAUAUUGAUCGAACAAUCUUAGGAGAUUCUCAUCUGUAUGGUUAUCCAACAUGUAGAGAUGUUUAUGAUACUAAAAUUCCAUAUGAUCCUGAAGGUCUUAUGGGAAUUUUAACUGGAAUAUUUCUUUGCUAUCUUGGUGUAAAUGCUGGUCAUAUCUUUGCUCAUUCAACAAGUGUUCGUCGUGUAUGUGGACAAUGGAUUGCAUCUGGCGUUAUUUGUGGAUUUUUCGGUUUACUUUUAUCAAAAGGUGGUCAUUCCGAUAGUUGGAUACCAAUUAAUAAGAAUCUUUGGUCCUUAAGUUUUAUAUUCGUCUUAGCUAGUCUUGCUUAUAUAAUCUUAACUAUUCUUUAUUUACUUGUCGAUGUUAAACAAUGGUUUACAGGUGAACCAUGGCUUUGGUUAGGUAUGAAUUCUAUUGUUCUUUAUGUUGGUCAUGAUGUUUGUUCUCGUGGAUUUCCAAUUCAAUUUCAAGUUAACGAUACACAUCCCCAAUUACUUGCGGUACAUGCAUAUGGUGUUGCAUGGUGGAUUUUCAUUUCUGGUAUUUUGUAUUAUAAUAAAAUUUUUAUUGCGAUUUAG